GCCUCAGGUGAUCAGCCUACCUCAGCCUUCCAAAGUGCUGGGAUUACAGGCGUGAGCCACCGAAUACGUAAAAGUUGCUGGAGUCUGGAAAAUAUCAGUGGUCACUAGUAUGUUCUUUUGCAGAGCUAAAUCAGAACUUAGGAAACUGACGGUAUUAGGUUCAUUACCACAGUCAAACAAGCUGAAAUGAUUGUUAGACGUGGAUAUUUUUAUUUUCAAAUUUUCUAUCACCUUACAUAUAAUUUAUUGGGAAGUGACUUAAGAAAACACAUAGAAGCAUUACUCUAAAAAUUCCAUUCUUUUGAAACCAUAUUGUUUGAGUAUAGCAUAUGUAGAUGCUAAAGAUUUUUUGUUUCUUGAGAUUCAUGGCAUACAUGUGGGAAAGAGAAAGUUGGUGUUUAUAGUUUGACUUGGUUAAUUCUUAAUGUCCAUAUCACUCUUCUUUCAUAAUUUCUUCAUAAAAAAUGUAGCCACAUACAGAUUUCUGUUCACUUGCAACACAAAAUAAUGUGAGUUCCAUUUCAAACUAAGCAUCAUCAAAAGUUUCUGAAAGUCUGGUUUAUGUUUUUUAAGUGCUAUAUGUGGAUGACCUGCUUAGUUUUAAUUUUUGGAGAAAUACAUUUUAUAAAAAAUUUUCAUCAAAUUGCUAAGAUUGUGAGUAAUGGUAAUGAUACCAUGAUUAUAUUCUGCUUAAUUUAAUACCUUUCCUAUUUAUAAUAUGUUUCUGUCUAAAUAUAUAUUUUUUAGUGUCAUUACCUACUGAGUUUCUGUGAAAAUAAUUUGCUUUGCCUAUUAAGAGAGUCCUUGAAGUUAAUGUUUUCACUGUUUUUUUCUUUGACAGUUUUUUGAAUUUUGUUUUUGAAGGUGUUAGCACUAGUUUCGAGAAGGUGCCACUUGAAGAAUGGAUGAUGAUGAUUUUGGUGGUUUUGAGGCUGCGGAGACUUUUGAUGGUGGAAAUGGUGAAACUCAAACAACAUCUCCUGCUAUUCCUUGGGCCGCCUUUCCUACAGUAUCUGGAGUCCAUCUUUCACCAUCUUCUCCUGAGAUUGUACUGGACCAUGACCACUCUUCUGCCAUUGGCUGCCUCUCUUCUGAUGCCAUUAUUUCAUCACCAGAGAAUACACCAGAAAACAGCAUUGUGAGUCAGACUAUUCCUAAAGCACAGAUUCAGCAAUCAACACACACUCAUCUGGAUAUCUCACUUUUUCCAUUGGGUUUAACUGAUGAAAAAAGUAAUGGAACAAUUGCCCUUGUGAAUGAUUCUGAGGAUCCUGGAGCCAAUGUAUCUAACAUACAGCUUCAGCAAAAAAUUUCAAGUCUGGAAAUUAAACUCAAAGUAUCUGAAGAAGAAAAACAGAGAAUUAAAAAGGAUGUGGAAUCAUUGAUGGAAAAGCAUAAUGUCUUAGAAAAAGGCUUUCUAAAAGAAAAAGAGCAAGAGGCCAUUUCUUUUCAAGAUAGAUACAAAGAACUUCAGGCACUACUGCAGUCUUCAGUUAAGCAACAAGUAGAAGCUAUUGAAAAACAGUACAUUUCUGCAAUUGAGAAACAGGCACACAAGUGUGAGGAGUUGCUAAAUGCUCAGCAUCAGAGGCUCCUUGAAAUGCUAGAUACAGAGAAGGAACUGUUAAAAGAAAAAAUAAAGGAAGCUUUGAUUCAGCAUUCUCAAGAACAGAAGGAAAUAUUGGAGAAAUGUUUGGAGGAAGAAAGGCAAAGAAAUAAAGAGGCAUUAGUAUCCGCUGCAAAGCUUGAAAAAGAAGCAAUGAAGGAUGCCGUUUUAAAAGCCAUAGAAGAAGAAAGAAAACAUUUGGAAAAAGCCCAUGCUGAAGAAAGGGAAUUAUGGAAGACAGAACAUGCAAAAGAUCAAGAAAAAGUAUCUCAGGAAAUUCAAAAAGCUAUACAAGAACAAAGAAAAAUAAGUCAGGAAACUGUUAAGGCAGCAAUAAUAGAAGAGCAGAAACGAAGUGAAAAGGCUGUGGAAGAGGCAGUGAAAAGAACAAGAGAUGAAUUGAUAGAGUAUAUAAAAGAACAGAAAAGGCUCGAUCAAGUCAUCCGCCAAAGAAGCCUGUCCAGUUUGGAACUGUUCCUCUCCUGUGCACAGAAACAGUUAAGUGCUUUAAUAGCUACGGAACCAGUUGACAUUGAAUAAAAAGAGCACAACAAGCAAACCCACACUGGCAUUGGAUACAUCAUAUUACACCUUCAAAAUACAUGCUCUGAAUUAUAAAGAUGUGUUUGUUUUCUUUCCGAAUCAUGUAGAAUUGAUUUCCAGUUCAAGGAUAAACCAAAACAAUAUUUAGAAUUAUCAAGUGAUCUAAUUUAUUUUCUUUUGGUUUCUUCUUUACAUUUACUUUUAUUUUAGUAGUAGUAGUAGUAGUAGCAGCAACAGAGUAUGAUACGACCCAAAAGCCAUUGUAAAGUGCCACAUUAUCAAAAUUAAUUAAGUAAACUUUAUAGCCUGUGGUAGUCUAUUAUAUAUUAUUUUGCAAAAGUAGUAAAUAUAUUAUUGUUUCAUGAUGACUCUUGAUGAGAUGCUAGAAUGUAAUCAUACAUUUAUCUUAUCUUGAGGAUAGAAAUAGCAUGGAUUUCAACAUCACCUGUUUAUCUGUAUAAUUGGAAAUAAAACACCAAUAUGAUAGAGAAUCAUUCCGGCAUUACCUACUUCUUUUCUGCAGUUGGAUCUAUGUAUUUUCAUUGGUCUACUGAAAACAAACAAUACAAUUAAAAGCACUAAAGAUUAUUAUAUUAAUUCAGCUUUGAUCUGAUAUAUCACUUAAAGGAGUGUGUGUGAUAUAUGCCUGUUUCCUAUUUCUGCUCUUUAAAGGCACUUUGAAUCAAUGAAACCAUUAGUCUGCAAAUCAAAUUAUGAACUUAAUCCCUAUUUUUAGGAAUUCAGGUUCAAGUACAGGAUAUAUGAAAUCUUUUCCCAGUAUUUCAGAAUGUAUUUAAUUCACAGGCAGUAUACGUCAAUGUAAAAUCAUGAAUAUUUUUAAUUCAAAACUAAAAUGUCAUUAAUAUGUAUGUAUGCAAAUGUUUUAUCUUAUUUUCUGAAAUGCAUCUACUUUCUUGGGCUUUGUACUUUUUUGAGAUUUCUCAGUGUAAUAAAAAGAGCUCCCAAACUUA